AUGCCUCGCUACAGCGUGGGUUUUACGGUUCACGAGGCCUUUUUCUCCUCGAUAAGGGUCAAGACGCCCAUCGACCCUCUGGUCGUGGUACGUUGCUUCGACAGCGAGUUUUCCACCACCGUGAAGCCCGCAAAAACCGUCGUGGCCUGCUGGGACGAGAGCUGCCAGUGGAACAACAUAGAGGCCUCGCAAAAAUCGUGGAAUUCUGGAGUGAUUGAGUUCGAGCUACAGUCCGCCAACGCGUUCUGGCGCAACGACACUCUCGGCUCUGCCGGCCUGCAGCUAAAGCUCAUUUCGACGUGCAAGAACAACACGUUCUCUGGACGCAUUCCCCUCACUGCCCCCAAUUCCGUGUCGAUCGUCGGGUACUUGACUGUCACCGUCAACGCCUACGACCUCUCUCACGAGGCCCUCAAUAACGCCCAGCCCUCUGUGACCAAGGAGCUCGAGGUGCGGCGGAAGACCAACCUGGAGAUACCUCCUCUGACCAGCCCACUGGUCCACAGAAACUCCUUUGCCGUCGACGACUCCAAGGUCUACAAAUACUUCCACCUGUACAUAAACGUGUACUCCUUGGAGGACGUUGAGACGUGCGCCUUCGGGUUCACUCCGCACAUAACGUGCGAGUACGCCGGCUGCCGGCUAGAGUUCAGCAGGCCCAUUAAGGUGAAGGGGAUCAGCAGCGGCUUCGAACGCGCUUCCGACGUCGGCCCUGCUGGCGAGUCCCUCGAGAACAAGUCGUCGCUGGACCUCCUUGGUGAGAAGAUCUCCAGCUACAUGGGCUCCAAGACCAGGCUGCUCGACUACAACACUGAGCUCCGGCGCUCCAACUACACCUUCAACCAGUGCUUCCUCAUGCCCAUUCGCGUGACCGUCGGCGAGCCCACUCUGGAGGACAACAUAAUUCUCAGGGUUUGGAAGGGCUACUCGCUCGAGCUUUCCUCGAUUUUUUCGAAAAACUCAGCCGGUAAGCGCCCCGUGAGCUCAAAGCUCCUCGCCGAGGGCGUUUUCUCACUCUCCAAGCUCAGGUCCACCAAGCAGAAGGCCCGCUGGUUCAACUUCUACAGGACCUCAGAGUCCGACUUCAUAACGAGCGUGAUAGCUGGUUCUGAGGACCAGAAGCUCGACAACGACGCUGAGGACAACAUCGCAGUCAAGUCCGGCAUCAACGAGUCGUACGCCGGGCGCAUUCUGAUGAGCGCGAGCGUGAAGAGGAUCAACAAGUUGUCUGACAUUCUGAGGGCCCACGUGGUCGCUUCGCACCAGCUGGACCCGCUCUCUCCGAGUCCCACGCGGAUUUUCUGCGACGUUUUCUUCGUAGAGUCCUCGAACGACUUCUCGUUCACCGAGCCCUUCGAGAUCUGCCUAGAGCUGUCGUGCGGGCCUUACACGAGCGCCACCGACUGGCAAACGGUCUCCUUCCGGAGCGCGAUGGCGAGCGCAGUGAGGAAAGACAUCGACUUUCUGGGCAGGGGCAUGAAGAACUACGUGAACGAGGAGUACUUUGGGUCGAGCCUGUACUCGAUGGACGACUUCGACGGCCGCCAGGGCAUGGGCUGGGUCUGCAACUUCGACUCCGUUCAGGGCAGACUCAACCCAAUGGAGCUCCUCGUGGCCUACAAGGCUGAGGAGCGCUGGUACAUUUUCGUGCGCGUGCUCGCCAGGAGGACCGGGGAGAAGAACGUGACUGUCCUCGGGUCCUCCAAGUUCACCUUCGACGACCUGGCCAGCUACAAGCCAAACAUGGUCAAGGUGCCCGUGUGGCUGUCGCUGACCACGGCUGAGCGCAACUUGCCUGACAAUAUUAUUACGAAUACUCUCAACCUGUUGUCGGACCUGGACAACGCCAGCAGGGGCCUUUCCAGGACCAGCAGCGUGAGCACUGCGGACACUGAGCACCCGUCCGGCAGGUCGGAGUCCGCGGGAAGCUUCACCGCCAACCCCUCCUUUCUGAACGUGCUGCUUAGCCUGGAAAAGGAGAUGUUCUACUCGACUUCGCUGAACUCGUCCGCAAACAAGCAGUUCAGGGUUGCGUCGCACAGCCGGAGGGCCUCGCUGGUGCUAAUGGACUACGAGCUGCGGCUUUACGUCUACAGCGCCAAGAUGGACCGCAUUUACGAAAACGUCUCAGUGUCCGUGGUGUGCGACGGCCGGAGGAGGACCACGUCCUCGCGGCGGACGAGGUCGCUCUUCCCAGUCUUCAUGGAGUGCCUGAGCAUGCCAGUAUCUGCGCACACGCCCGUGAACAACAUUGUCCCCAACGUUCCCAUCCUGGUGACGCUGAACCGGAACGCCAAGGAGGAGAGAAACGUGUAUUCGACCGAGCCCGGGGAGCGCAACUCGAAGGGUGACAACGGGAAGCACGGCAAGCUGGUGAAGAGGCGCGUGAGGGUGGACGUCACGGACAUGCUGUGCAGCGCAGUUGUGACCUACAACAGACUCAUCAGCUCAGCCAAGGCCCACGACAGGACCGGCGGCGUUCCGAGGUGGCUCAAGAUCGGGGACUGCAAGCUGCUGCUCUUCGUCGACCUCGUCGCCAAGUCCGCAGUGAGGGCGGUGCCCAAGUUCCAGAUGCUGCCGGACGUCCAGAACACCACCGUCAAGCUCGGCCUCCUCGGAAUCAGGAACCUCAGGAAUUUUGGGAGUUACGGGAACCAGAGCAACCACGGCAAACAAAGCAACCAAAACAGCCAAAGCAAACACGGGCUCGAGGCUGGGCAGGCGCGGAAGGGCGCCCUGGUCGAGGAGAACCUCGUCGUCAGGGCGAGCGUCCAGAACUAUGGCAUCUGCACCGACGACGAGCAGUACUACGAGUUCCUCUGCAAGUCAGAGUUCUUCACGAGCUGGGUGAGCGACGGCAAGAAGAACUACGACCUCUUCGCAGUGCACUCGCUGGAGUUCAAGACGCCGGUGGCAGCAGUCUUCGACCCCCUGCUCGAGCUCAAGAUCAUGCCCGAGCACUCGGACGAGAUCCUCGGCCACUGCUGCAUGCCGCUCUACCAGAACAGAAGCAGCCUCGACAAGCACCCGUACCUGCGUGACCUGAGGUACUCGCUGGUGCCCAGAAAAAUGUUCGAGACCUUUGAGGCUCUGCAGGCAGUGGGCAACAAGGGCUCCUACCAGCUGACCGCGUUGACUCAGAAGUCGUCAAGCGGCGUCGACGGCGGCCUCGCCGAGGUCCUGCAGCAGUUCCAGGAGACCAGGCAGUUCAAGACGAUGGUGAAGUCGCUCGAGUUUGAAAGCGUCAGCGCCUCAGUUCCUCCCAAGAUCCUCAUAGCGGCCGACGGAAGGAAGGUGGAAAACUCGAGCUCGCUGACAUACAGCCUCGUGUCGGACACCAACAUCGAGGAUAUGCUGACCGACGUGCCCUACAGCAUUAAGCACCUGCUGUUGGAGAGCGACAGGGCCACCUAUGACUACGAACGCACUGACAAGUCCAAGACCUCCAGCGUCGACCACGUGGAAAUGGCGAGCAUAAAGUACUUUUUGAGCGUCUCCGAUGAGCGCGGCUACAGCUAUUCCUCUUGCGGGGCACGCUACAGGGACGUGUCGGUUCAGCCGGACAAGAUGUUCCAGGCGUUCCGGGGAGGACUCAAGUCCGACCUCUUCAAGCUGCGCCUCUGCAUCCUCUCGUGCUCCAGCUUCCCGCGCAGCGAGGAGGACUCGAGCACAUAUCUGGCCGUCGAAAUAGCCUCCAGGGAGAGCCGGGAGCUCCUCGACGACUCUGAGGGCCUCAUAAGGAACAUCAACAAGAGCUACGAACGUGAGCUGUUUUUGCCAGAACACUCGCUGAUCAUCUUCAAGGCCAUAGAGUCGUCCACGACCUUAAAAGUAACCCUGUUUGCAGGCGAUAGUGUAGAGAGUCUGAUAGCCACCGGGUAUAUAGACCUGGAGAACAGGUGGUUCAGUAAAACUUGGCAGAGUAUGCAGAGGAACGACAACGUGCCCAUCGAGCGGAUAGUGCUGUGCGACAAGGGCAGCGUCCAGGGCCACGUCAACGUGCUCGUGCAGCUCGCGAAGAUCGACAAGUUCCCUAUGCUCAAGACCAUCAACCUCACACUUCCUCCAACGUCCUCAGUGGAAAUAAGGGUCGUCAUCUGGUCAGUCAGGGACGCCAAGAUUCCGUAUUCGGAAAACAAAAAGGACAUGCUGGACCUGUACGUGGCCUCGAAGCUCGACUGCCACACGUACUCGGGCUCCCAUGACACUGAGCAGAGGACGGACAUCCACUACAACUGCGACUCAGGCAACGCCAGUUUCAACUGGAGGAUCGUCUACCCGGAGGUUAAGACUCCGCUCGGGGCCUGCCACCUUCAGCUGUCGCUCUACGACUUCUGGAAGAUCGGCAAUCCCACGUUCCUCGGCGACGCAAACCUGGAGCUCAGCCGCUACAUCGACAUCGUGUCCACGACCGGCAACAUGGUCCGCGUCGACGGGGAGGUUCCCCUCUAUCCCAGCGCCAAGUCGGCCCAAACGGGCUUCGUCCACGUGACGUUGCACGUCUUGACGCAGUCGGAGGCAAACACGAAGAACGUUGGACUUGGACGUGAUGAACCUAACCGUGACCCCUACCUCAUCGUCCCCAACGUUGGUAGGCAGUGGCAGGACUGGCUUGCCCACACCGGCAUUUCAAUCGACUUUUCGGGCUACCACCUCUACUUCCGUAUCGUUGGAUGCUUGUUUAUGCUCGUCUGGCUCGUUGUUAUCGCCUUUAUAUACCCUGCCAUUUUACUCUAA